AUGACAACUGACCCAAGUGUCAUUCGACUCACACAAAUUCUUGCAUCUUAUACAAACUCACAAGUGACACCAUUCAAAUUAAAAAUGAAUGUAUCUCAAAAUGACUCAGAAAGAAAAUUCAUCGAAAAUUAUAUAAAAGAAUGUGGAGGAAAUUUACCUACACAACAACAACAACCAACGAGUCUAUUUUCAACUGGGUUAGGAUCUUCAACUGGACUUUCAACUGGAUUAGGAUCUUCAACAAGUAGCGGAUUUGGAUUAUCAUCAUUUGGAGGAUUUAAUACAUCAUCAAGUGGAGGAUUUGGUUUUAAUCAAAACCAACAAAAUCAAAACACAACACAAACGGUAAAGCCUGUACCAGGAGAACCUGAUUUAAUGGAAAUUGAAAUAUGUUUCUUUAAAGGACUUGAAAUGAGAUCAAAGUAUCAAGAUGAACGACAAGUAGAAUUAAUCAGUGAAUUAACUAAAUUACAAAAGGAUGUUCAAGACAUAAUGAAAUCUAUUCAAGAACAAAUAAUUGAAAAAUAUGAAUCUAUGGCAGAACAUGCAUUAAAGAUGGAUGAAGAAAUUAUUGCUGUAUUAACUAGAGAUGGAGACCCCGAUGCUGAUGUAUUACAAAAGUUUAAAGAGUUGUUAGGUAAGAUUGAUGUUACAGACACAGAAAAGAAAGUCCAAAUGAUGCUUAACAUUGUCAAUUCUAAACCCCUUCCAAGAAGUGAUAAUGGAGAAACAUUAGACAAAGAAAGUUCAAAAGAAGUUGUACGUUUAUUGAGUGAAGAACAAAAUAUUAUUAUUUCUUUAACAAAUGAAAUUAAUGAACUUAAAGCCAAAUAUGAACAAUUGAAACUAAAAGUUAGUAAAAUGAAAAUCCAUUAA